UAAUGGCCGCUCUCGCUGUGCGGUGCGGGCUGUUGAAUCUUCUCUGAAUUAAUUCUGUCUAUAACUCACCGCAGACCGUCCGGACCGACACCAGCGGGGAGAGGGCGGGUGUUCACGCAGCAGCGCCGUCUGUACAGAGCUCCGGGUCGGCAAGAAUAUUCCCUAAUGGAUACUCCUGAGAGCCCUACCCAGUCCCCUCAGUCCCCUGAGGAGGAGGAGAAGGGUCUUUCUGACAGCGAGCUGCUGGAGUCUCCCGACGAAGAGGAGGACAGGGUCAUCUCAGACAGCGAGCUGCUUCACGAGGAGGAAAAUGGAGGCCUGGAUGACGAGGACGAGGAGGCGGUGGACGGCCAGGAAAGAGGCUCGGAGCUGGAGGAAGAGGACGAGGUGGUUCCUGACUUUGUGUCCGACCCCGAGGAUGAGGAGGCCGUAGGAGAACCAGGAGGGAUGGGACAGGAGGGUGAGACUAUUGUUCUCAUGGAGGGGGACGAAGACGGUCCACAGGGGGAGGAAGAGGAGGAGAAGGAGGACGACGAUCGAGUCAUUGACACCCCACAGUCUCCAGACUCAGAGCCAGAUCAGGGAAAGAGUUUUCUGGCCGAGGAGCAUGGAGAAGACCGGGAGGAAGGAUACUACAGGAAGCAGGAGACAGCCGAGGUGGACGACGAAGAGGAGGAGGAAGAUAAGAGCAAGGAGGAAGAGGAGGAGGAGAGGAGGAGAGCCGUGGCGGCGAGGGAGAUGAAGGACGACUCGGCUUCGGUUUCUCGGGAGCUGGACGAACAUGAGCUGGACUACGACGAGGAGGUACCGGAGGAACCCAGCAUUCCAGCAAACGAGGAGGAGGAGGACGAGGAAGAGCCGAAGGCAGAGGACGAAGAGGAGGAGAGCGAGGACAAGAUCAACAACAACAACAACAACAAGAAGAAGGAGAAGAAACCAAUCCUCCCUCCAUCUCCGAAAGACGGCGAGUCGAGGAGGACGGACGACUCCAGAGGGCCCGAGAGGAACCGCCGAGACUCGUUCAGGGACAAGAAGAAGGAGGAAGACGAUGGAGAGAUCGAUGAAGGGGAAAUCGAUGACGAUGACCUGGAGGAAGGAGAAGUUAAAGAUCCCUCGGACAGAAAGAUCCGACCUCGACCCAUCUGCAGGUUCUUCAUCAAAGGUAACUGUACUUGGGGUAUGAACUGUCGGUUCAUCCACCCUGGAGUCAACGACAAAGGAAACUACUCCCUCAUCAGUAAACCAGACCUCUUCUCACCCAACGGAGCCCCUCCAGGAGGACCUCACCCACUAAUACCCAACAACCCCUGGGCUGCUCCUGCUGUGGAGGAGCUUCCUCCACCUCCUCCUCCAGUGGAGCCUCCUGUGGAGAGCGCCUGGGAAAGAGGUCUGCGACACGCCAAAGAGGUGCUGAAGAAGGCCACCAUCCGUAAAGAGCAGGAGCCGGACUUCGAGGAGAAGCGAUUCAACGUGACAAUCGGCGAGGAUGAGAGAGAGUUCGACAAAGAGAACGAUUUCUUCAGAGAACGCAGCUAUCGCAUCAUCAGAGAUGAAAUGGAAUUCAGAGAUCCUAUUUAUGGUGACCCGUACGCUGACCCGUACUACGACUAUGAAAUGGAGGCUCUGUGGCGAGGAGGCCAGUAUGAAAACUUCAGAGUGCAGUACACAGAAGCUCCUCUUCCUUAUCACUACAGUGAGCGCGAACGCGACCGAGACCCUCGCGAGCGGCAACGCGACCGCGAACGGGAGAGAGACCACCGGGAGAGAGAACGCCGGCAGAGGGAGAGGGAGAGAGAGAGGGAGAGGGAGAGGGAGAAGGAGAGGAUGAGACGGAAGGAGGAGUGGGAGAGAGACCGGAUGAAGAGAGACGACAAGGAGAGGCCGAGGAUGAGGCCUCCGAGGGAUGCCCGAGAGAAGAAGGAUGAGGACAAACUGAAGCCUCGGUCCCCCCUCAGUCUCCCACCAAACAGGCCGAUGGAGCCUCCGUCAAAGAAGGAGGUUGUUCCAGUCAUGAGGCGACCAGAUGAAUGGAAGGACCCAUGGCGUCGGUCCAAGUCCCCCCGGAGACGCCCCGGCCUGGGUUCCCCGCCACGAGGCCGCCGGCGACAUCGACCUUCAGGCUCCUCAGCUUCCUUGUCCAACUCCUCCAGGUCCUCGUCUCAUUCUUCAUCCUACACAGGUUCCGGUUCGUCUCGUUCCCGUAGUCGCUCCUCCUCGUUCAGCUCCUACUCCAGCCACUCCUCCCAGCGAAGCUCCUUCAGCGGCAGCCGCUCCAGGUCUCGAUCGUUUUCCACUUCUCCUUCACCAAGUCCAGCAGCACCGAGGAACGCUAAGAACAAACCUGACCUUCAUCCUGUGUUAAAUAAAGGCAUGCCGCUGAAGCCAGGUGCCAUGCCCCCUCCUCGCAGGGACAAACCUCCCAUGAAGAAGGCUCCCAGCCCUCCUCCACCAGGUGGACCGCAGGGCCGACCUCCAAAACUGAUGCUUGAGGGAGGAAAGCCUCCACCGAAUCCUCGGGAGGCCGUAGGUCCGGGCAGCGGGCCGGGGCCAGGUGGAGCGGGGCGACCCCCACCGCCUCGGGAACCCGGAAAACCUCCGAACCCGAGGGAAGGCAGGCGGAAAGAGCGACAGCAGCAUCCUCCCCGCAGGCGAACUGUGAGUGGGAGUGUCAGUGGAAGUGGCAGCAGUUAUACUGGUUCCAGCUCCAGAUCCAGAUCUUCAUCCAACUCCUUGUCACGCUCACGAUCUGGAUCCAGAAAGUCCAGGUCGCUGAGUGUGAGCAGCGUGUCGUCGGUUUCGUCUGCAUCAUCCAGCAGCAGCUCCGUGCGUAGCGCCGACUCGGACGACAUGUACGCUGACCUGGCGAGUCCGGUGUCCUCGGCCAGCUCUAGAUCACCGACGCCAAACCAUCCCCGAAAGGAACGAGGGCCACCACGAGACCGGCCCCCUCAUGGAAGAGACAAGAACAGGGACAGACCAUCGAAGAAAGAAGAACCUUUCAAGGACGACCGAAGGAAGAUGGACCCGUCUGGAGCUCCGCCUCGAGGAGGAAACCCGGUGCCCAGAUCAGGACCUGGAAACAGGGGAGGCCACCCGGUGCACCCUCCACCCGGCUCCAUGGGACCCCCAGGGAGCUACGGAGGUUCAGGUUCCCACAAAGACAUCAAACUCACCCUCCUCAACAAGGGGCAGGGAGACAAGGGCAACAGGAAGAGGUACCUUCCUUCAGACAAAGACCGGCCGGGGUCCCCCCUCAGCAAGAGGAUGGCCAUGUCUCCAGACAGAGGACGUGAUAAGAGGAUACCCGGCCGACCCCCGCUGUCCCCUCGAAUGGACCGGCCCAGAGGCCAGGGGCCCCGACCGAUGCCCCCCCAGGGAGACAGAAAGCGUCCUCUGUCUCCGCCCCCCAAGUCAUCUGGAAAAGGCCCGGCGACACCGUCAGGGAAGCCGGCCGCCCCGGGCUCGGCUUCGGCCACUGCCUCCGGUUCCGGCUCGGCGUCGGGCUCCGGCAAACCCAGCAACACACUGUCCCGCCGCGAGGAGCUCCUGAAGCAGCUGAAGGCCGUGGAGGACGCCAUCGCCCGGAAACGAGCCAAGAUUCCCGCCAAAUAAUCGGCCGCUCGCCCCUCGCCUGGUUCUGCCUGCACGGCGUCGGGAGGGUCGGAGCGUCGGUCCGCCGCCUCCCCCCAGCGGACGUGUAAAAAUGUUGUAUGGUUCUUGUAUAAAAGGCUGUUGUGUAAGUGAACAGGAAGUGGCUGCCACGAAAACCAUCAUGUGCUUGGUCGCCCUCAGAGAAGAUCCGUUUUCGGAGCGCCGUUCGCUCCCUUUGACAGUUUACCUCACAACGGAGACGAGGGAGGGACGACUCAGGAAUCGGAGGAGAGGAUCACUUGUUGCUCACUUGGUUCCUUCAGUAGAAAAGGAAGCAUCUUCCUCGCGUGGCGUGACGAGUAACAGAUUUAUACACGUUGAACCUUGCGUCUGUCUUUCUCUGCCCCCUUUUAUCGUCGUCUUCUCGCGUCUCUUCCUUAGUUUUCCUCAGUGUGGAGUGGUGUGACUGUCCCGACAGGCUUCACAGCGCUUCUUUGUAUGAAUCUAAGCUUCAGCUUCUGUAUUCUGGGCUCCAGCGACCAUCACAAGCAGAGGUUUUGUUCAUCUUCACACCAACGACUCGUUCUGUGUUCGGGCAGCGUCGCACUUUGUACAAAAAUAACAACUCAUCGAGAUUCUUUCAAGCGUAUGAUUAUAGACAACAGUGAUGUGAAGUAUUGCUCUUCUUUCUUUUUUUUUUAUCUCCUGCAUUUUGUUUUAUUAGCUCUUCAAGUGAUAAACUGAUGUUUAAUUUGUGUCACAUUUUUAGUUGGAGGAGCCUGAGAGGUGGAACGGGGACAUUUAGAGACAAGAUUUGUCUUGCUUUUGUGACAAAAGCCUUCCAAAUAAACUAUUUUGAUAAAGCGAA